CAUCAUGUCUCAGGCUUUACUCCUGGAGCCAGGGAGCUGUUUAAACAGGAGAACCACCUGACCCUCUACCAGCUGCCAACCAGAGAGAAGACCAAGGAGUUCACCUCUCGCCGCCUCCCAUCCUUCACCAAGCGCCAGCCCCCCAUCUCCCACCUCAUGUCCCUGUGUGUGCGAGACUCCUCCUCCAACAGCGUCCAGAUGCUGUCACAUGGUUCAGCUGACCUGAUCCUAGAGGCCUGCACUGACUUCUGGGAUGGAACUGAUAUCUACCCCCUGUCAGGCUCAGACAGGAAAAAGGUUCUAGACUUCUACCAGCGUGCCUGCCUGUCAGGUUACUGCUCUGCCUUUUCCUACAAACCCAUGCAGGUGUCACUGUCCGGCCAGCUGAACGGGAAGUGUGUGGAGCUGGCCUCGGGUCCCUGCCUGUUCUCCGGCGUUGAGCUGCCCUCCACCACGCCCAUCAAACACAACUUUUGCAGGAACAGCUGGAGCUCAGACGAGGGGAUCGGAGAGGGAGUGGAGCAGGAGGACUGUGUCCAGGCGCUCAGCGGACAGAUCUUCAUGGGGAUGGUGUCGUCUCAGUUCCAGGCCAAGCUGGACACGGUCCGUCUCAUCGAUGCUCUGGUCACUGCUUGCAUCCGCUUUGUGUAUUUUUCCAUGGAGGAUGAACUGCGCAGCAAGGUGUUUGCAGAGAAGAUGGGUUUAGAGACAGGCUGGAACUGUCACAUAUCUCUGACUCCAAACGGAGACGGCCCCUGUGAGGGGGCUCCAUCCAGCCCGGGACACGGUUCCCUGCACGAAGACCUCCACCAGGAUUCCCGGGACGAGGCGGAGGGUCCGCUGCUGCAGGAGGAGGAGGCCCAGUCCGACCUGGCCAGCUUCCAGCCGACAGACAGUGACGUGCCAAGCUUCCUGGAGGAUUGUAACAGAGCCAAGCUGCCUCGGGGGAUCCAUCAAGUCCGUCCUCAUCUGAAGAACAUCGACAACGUGCCUCUUUUAGUGCCGCUCUUCACUGACUGCACCCCCGACACCAUGUGUGAGAUGAUGAAGAUCAUGCAGGAGAACAGGGAGGUGACCUGCUGUCUGGGAAGCUCCGCCAACUUCCGCAACAGCCGCCUCUUUCUGCAAAGCGAUCUCAGCAUUGGGCUGGACCCUCUGUAUCCGUCUCAGUGCUCAUGGGAGACCUUUGGCUACGCCACAGGAGGAGGUUUCAGCGGAGAGGUUGAAGGACUCUCUCCUCUCAGACUGUCGGGACAGCUGAACAGCCUGGGCUGCUCCGUCUCCUUCCACCAGGGAAACAGCGUUAGCUUGAUUAAACUCAUAGAGCAGGCACGACACACAACGUCUGGUAUCCGCAAGUGCUUUCUCUUCCUGCUGCAGUGCCAGCUCAGUCUGGUCAUUCUUCAGUUCUUGGCCUGCCUGGCUCAGCUUCCUCCUCCCAUGAACACCACUGACAUCCUCUGGAUGUCCUGUUUCAGCUGCCCUUUGCUCAGUGUGUCGCUGUUGGGAAAGCCACCGGACAAUUCGGUCAUGACAGUUGCCACAGGAAAGAACCUGGAUUCAAUCCCAAAGAAGACUCAGAACUACUUCCUGGGCUGUUUCUUCUUAAAGUUUGGUCUCUCAGUGUGUGUGUACCUGCUGGUGUUCGGCUUCACCCUGCAGACUGUGUGCCCUGCUGGCACCAACCUCACCCUGAGUAACGACUCCAUAAUCAAGUGCAGCUCCAUCUUCACAGCCAGCUCAUCACCACAGCCUCUGGUGUGGUUUGGUGAUCUGUCCAACGGCCUGCUGCUGACUCAAAAGCUACUGGCUGGUUUUCUGGUGCUUCACACAGUGGUCAUCUCCCUCAGCUACGUCCAUCGCUCCCAGCCUCUGUGGAGGAAGACUCCCUUCAACAACACCUGGUGGUGCCUCACUGUGCCCGUGGUACUGCUGGGCCAGGGCGUUCAGGCCACGGUGGACUACCAGCUGUGGAGGGACCAGAGCAGCCCUCUGACCUUCAGCUUGGCUAACAUUCCCCUGGAGGUGUGGCUGCUGGCCUCCCUGUCCCCGCUGCUGGUAGUGCUGGUCAACGAAGUGGUGAAGCUGCAUGAGAUACGGGAACGGGUUCGGUACCAGAAGAGACAGAAGCUGCAGUUUGAAACCAAACUUGGGAUGAACUCACCUUUCUAAAGCCCUUCCUCCAACCACCCCCUCCCCCUCCUCAGAGGAUGAAGAUGUUCUGGCAGCUCUGGGCGGCUUCCCUCCAGAAACCAGCAGCAGCCCCUCUGCUCCCCCUCCAGGGAGGAGCAGGUAUCAUGGUGGACAGUGGCGCUGGUUGAACUGCUGCUGCUGCAGCUGGGCGAGCCAGAGCCGGGGCCGGGGCCGGGGCUGGGGCCGGACCUGCGGCGCCUCAGUGUGGUUGUAGAGGCAUGAGGAACGCUGUUGGACAUGUUUACUGUAUAUCCCCAGGUUCCGCUCAGUUCUCCACCACCAGGAUCCAUGUGCAUGUUCUCCAGGAAUGCUCCACAUCACGUAGAGCGCUGCAGCUGACAUUCACCUCAUCACUGUGUAUCAUAGUUCAUCAUUCUUCACAAAAACAUGGCGUCCUUUUUUUUUCUUUUUUUUUUUUUUACCCUUUUUUAAAUGUAAAUGUAGGGCUAAAAAAAAAAGCAACAAAAAAAAAACAAAAACGGCUGAAACUAUGGAGCCCCAAUGUGUGCAAAAAUCUCAGAGAAAUGGCCUAAAAUAAGCUGUGGAGAAAAAUGGUAAUCUAAGGAAUUGGAGAAUAUUUAGUAUAAAUCCUGAACUAUUUCUCAAUAACUUUUAUUUUCUCAAUAGCUUUUAUUUCAUGUCUUGGAUUUUUAGUUGACUUCUUUACAAACAUGAUAUGAACGGUUUCCCUGGAGACCUCCUCAGCCAAUCACUGGCUUCACUUGAGAUCAUCAUGGUCACCUGAGCUGACCAGCAUGCACCAGCACAGUUCAGCAACACAAUGCCAUGAACCCAGCUACUGGUUAGAGUUCUCACUACUGCUGUUAAACAACCACUUACAGUGAAAAUAAAAUGUUGGAGAUCA